UAGCCGAUCGGCUUGCUGUGGGCCGAUUGGGCCUGCUGCUAGCCGAUCGGCCUGCAGCGGGCCGACGGUGUAUUAUUUUUGAAAUUUCUUUCUUUCGCGUAAUAUUUCUGUAAUUUAAAAAAAAUGUAUUAUUUAAAAAAAAUAGCAAGGAACCGUCCGGGUCAACUCCCGAUGGGAUCGAGCGACCGAGGAAGCGGACACGCUCGGGGCGACCAACACUAGACAAUAGCCACGGCAGAAUAUGCCGCGAACGGCCAGCGGCAGUGGCCGGAAUCGGCCGGCGGGGCGGCGGCGGCCAGACGAGGGCCACGGCCAGGAGGAGGCGGCGGCUGGCGGAAGGGGCCGCGGCCUGGAGGAGGCGGCGGCCGGCGGAGCAGUCGCGGCCGGAGGACGAGGGAGCCGACGGAUCGAGGGCGGGGCUGGACAGGCGGCUGGCGGCGACAGGCGGACGGGGCCGGCCUGGGAGCGCCCGCCGGCGGAGAGCAGCGGGACCUGCGAGAGCUGGCCUCCGGCGGCAGAGGCCCGACCAGGGAGAGCCAAAGGCCGGCGCGCGGCGGCCGGACCUCAAGCGGCAGUCAGAGACGAGGCGGCGGCGGCCCGAACCAAAUCCCGACGGAGGGCGGUAGUGGAAGCCGGCGGCGGCCAAAUGAGUGGGAACGGCCCUCUCAUUCGCCAGAUUUUUUUGGCGCCAGAUGCGGAUGCAAUUCUAACAUCGCCAAGACCGAAGACUUCUCAGGAGGAUAUUUGGGCUUGGACGUGGGAGAGUAGUGGAGUUGUCUCAGUAAGGUCAGCAUAUCGUGAGACAAUGCUGAGAAGCAGGUCAAGGGAUGAGGAAAUUGGAGGCUCCACAGGUACGGAGCAGACCUGGAAGGCACUUUGAAAAUUGAAUGUUCUACCAAAGAUACGUGUUUUCUGGUGGCGAGUAGUGAAGGACAUGUUGCCGUGCUACAACGAGCUGAAACGGCGACAUAUCAAGGUGAUGUCUAUAUGCUCCCUGUGUGGGCAUGGAGAGGAAACAUUAUAUCACUAUCUGAAUACAUGUGAUCAUGCGCGACUGUUCUGGGAGGAGGCAGAGCGAUUUUUUGGUGUUAAACUUCCUAAGCUUCAUCCAGGAACGUGGACCAAAGACAUGCUAGAUGUGAGAAUAGUCAGGAAGGAUACAGCAGCAAUUCUGGUUACUGUAAUGUGGGCAAUUUGGCAUAGCAGGAAUAAAUACACUCAUGGUGAGAACAAGUUUCAACCCAGGCAAUCGAUGAUCCUCAUUGCUGAAAUGUUCGAGCUUUAGAGAUCCCGGAGACUGUUCGGGAGAGGAUGCAGCCUACAGUUAGAUGGGCAGCCCCGACGCCAGGGUGGAUCAAGAUCAAUGUCGAUGGAGCAAUGUACGGGUGUAGGCGGCACAGGUAUGGUGGGUGGCUCGAGACCAUGCGGGUCUCUUUCUUUCAGCAAGGUGUGUGAAGUAUGAUGGUAUUACUGAUCCGCUGAGCUUGGAAAUUCUGGCGUGUCGUGAUGGUAUGUUACUAGCAAUAGAAAAGGGAUACAAUUCAGUUAUCAUUGACACAGAUUGUCUCAAUGCAAAGAGCACGUGGGAGGCAAGGUUGGAAGGACGUUCAUAGGUUUUCAUAUUCUGCAGGAAAUGCAAACUGAACUACCUAGUUUUCAGGGAUUUGAGCUUCGGUAUGUUAGCCGGAAUGCAAAUAAUGUAGCACCCGCUGAGCUUGGAAAUUCUGGCGUGUCGUGAUGGUAUGUUACUAGCAAUAGAAAAGGGAUACAAUUCAGUUAUCAUUGAGACAGAUUGUCUCGAUGCAAAGAGCACGUGGGAGGCAAGGUUGGAAGGACGUUCAUAGGUUUUCAUAUUCUGCAGGAAAUGCAAACUGAACUACCUAGUUUUCAGGGAUUUGAGCUUCGGUAUGUUAGCCGGAAUGCAAAUAAUGUAGCACAUGGGUGCGCUAAAGAAGCUCUAGGCAUAGAAAAUGUUGUAACAUACUCUUUUGUAAUCCUUGGCUUUCUGAGUGGUCUUCUACACUCGGAUAGGCUACCACUGAUUGAAUAAAUUCCGGAGAGCGGACCUUCAAAAAGAAAAACUUACAACAGUAGGUGUAAACUGUUCAACAUGAUCGCCAAUGGUACACUUGAUGAUCCAAUUCUUCUUUUUGUUUCACUCAGGUUUACAGAUGAGCAACAAAAGCUGUGACAGAACUCUGGGUCAAUGCGAAAACGGAAUAAGAUUAUAAGAAUGUUCGCUGUGAACCGAGAUGAAAAACUUUAGUACAAAAAGUCAUGGUGUACAA